AAGAGCCGAAAGAUACAAUGUAACAGCUGGACAGGUCGGGGGGGUGAUGGAGGUGGAGGCGGCUCUGAAGUUGGUCGGUGAGAUGAGAAUCUUCCAGAUCUAUCUCUGCUUCCUCCUCAAUGUGGUGCUGCAGCUCUAUUCGGCCACCGAGGUUGUCCUGAUCACCAUCCUGGGGGCCACUCCACCAUAUCACUGGGAAAAUGACUCUGGGGCCCCAAAUUCCAGUGACCUAAAUCACUCAGCGGGGGCCGAGGUGCUGAACUCCAGCAGAUUACAUGGCGGCCACCCGCACUUCGAGGGGAACUUCACGUCCAUCAGCUCAGAGUGGUCUCUGGUGGGCGGAGCCGCGUAUGAGGUCAGCAUGGCGAGCUCUCUGUACUUCGGGGGAGUUCUGAUCGGAGUCGUCGUGUUUGGACAAUUAUCGGACCGAAUUGGCAGGAAACCCGUCUAUCUCACAGGUCUGGCUCUGGAUCUUUCCUUCUCUUUGAUGAAUGCGUUGUCACCGUCGUUCACCAUCUUCCUCAUCACCCGCUUCAUAGUCGGAGUCACCAAUGGCGGGAUGUCGCUUGUGGCCUUCGUGCUGCUGAACGAGUACAUUGGAGCCUCGUACUGGGCCCUGGCAGGGUCGGUGUCGGGAUUUGGAUUUGCGUUGGGGAUCUCGCACUUCGCUCUGAUUGGUUACUUUGUCCGGUCCUGGAGGCUGCUGGCGGUCCUGGUGAAUGUUCAUGGCCUGGCGGUCUUCAUCCUGACUCUGUGGCUCCCGGAGUCUCCCCGUUGGCUGUACUCUCAGGGGCGUCUGGAUGAAGCGAAGGAGUCCCUCCUCUUCCUGGCUCGCUGGAACUGUGUGACUCCGCCCCCUUUCACCCUCUCCCCCCGACAGAAGACCUACGUCCAGGAGUCCAAUAUCGUCACCCUAUACCGGCACGCUGUGCUGAGGAGGCGGACCUUGGUCAUGAUGUGGGUGUGGUUUGUCUGCAGUCUGGUGUAUUACGGCCUCACGCUCGGCUCCGGUGAACUGGGCGGAGAUCUCUACCUGAGCCUGGCGCUGUCCGGUCUGGCCGAGCUGCCGGCCUAUCCCAUCUGUAUGUAUCUGCUCAACCACCGGAGUGUCGGUCGGAGGAGAUCUCUGUGUCUGUUCCUCUGUAUUGGGGGCGUGGCCUGUCUCUGCAUCCUGAUCAUCCCCGAGAGGAAGACAG